GAAGAUGGCUGCUGCUUCUUCCUGCAGUGUGGAAGAAGACGAGAGCCUGAAAGGAUGUGAACUUUAUGUUCAGAAACACAACAUCCAGCAGAUUUUAAAAGAGUGCAUUGUAAACCUUUGCAUAGCAAAGCCAGACCGACCCAUGAAAUUCCUCAGAGAACACUUCGAAAAAUUAGAAAAGGAAGAAUGCAAACACCAGAGCGUUAUUCCGAAGGACUACAAAACUAUGACUGCUCUGGCAAAGGCCAUUUCCAAGAAUGUGCUCUUUGCUCAUCUUGAUGACAAUGAACGAAGUGACAUAUUUGAUGCCAUGUUCCCUGUUACACACAUUGCAGGAGAAACAGUCAUACAACAGGGUGACGAAGGUGACAACUUCUAUGUGAUUGACCAAGGCGAGGUGGAUGUUUAUGUCAAUGGAGAAUGGGUCACCAGCAUUGGAGAAGGAGGCAGCUUUGGGGAGCUUGCCCUGAUCUAUGGAACACCCAGGGCUGCUACAGUCAAGGCCAAGACAGAUCUCAAGCUUUGGGGCAUCGACAGAGACAGCUACAGACGCAUUUUAAUGGGCAGCACACUGAGGAAGCGGAAAAUGUAUGAAGAAUUCCUGAGCAAGGUCUCCAUUUUGGAGUCCCUGGAUAAAUGGGAGCGUCUGACAGUGGCUGAUGCACUGGAACCUGUCCAGUUUGAAGAUGGAGAAAAAAUUGUGGUGCAGGGAGAGCCUGGCGAUGACUUUUUCAUUAUUACAGAGGGCACAGCUUCGGUUCUCCAGCGCAGAUCUGAUAAUGAGGAGUACGUAGAAGUUGGAAGACUUGGUCCAUCAGAUUAUUUUGGUGAGAUAGCCUUGUUGCUCAAUCGGCCCCGGGCUGCUACCGUGGUGGCACGUGGACCCCUCAAGUGUGUAAAGCUAGAUCGUCCCCGCUUUGAACGCGUGCUCGGCCCUUGCUCUGAAAUCCUCAAGAGAAACAUUCAGAGAUACAACAGUUUCAUUUCGCUCACUGUCUAAACGAUUCCUUUGGGAAAGCUGCCUUUGUGUGACCUUGUGCACUUAAAUUUGCGCUGUGCAGCUCCAUAACUUUAUGAAGAAAAAAAAAUGUGUGCAUUUUAUGUGUAUUUUUCUGUUUAUGUCAUGCACUGGAUGUCAGUUCAAAUCUUAUGUAUCGUUUAAGCAGGAAGACAACUGUUUGGAUAAGACUAGCUUUGGGGAACUGUUCACGGAAGAUUAGGCUUUUGGCUUGCAGGCAAGAUUUUUACCUAUUGCUGGAUCGAAUAGCUGAAACUGCGUUUUUAACUAUUUAAAAUGCAUAUUAAUUUCUAUUUCAUCAUUAUUUUGCACCUUGCUUUAAAGUUGGUCUUAUCCACCUUUUGUCGACCUCCUUUGAUGAAGUUAUGUCCCUCUGCCUGUCACUUUUAAAAGACUUCUCAGUGGUUAUGGACUGGAGGUUUAUGAAAUGCCACACGGAAAGUGACACUUGCAUGGUUUAAGGGGGAAG